CCAACUUCACCUCCGGUUCUAGGUGUCAUGGCUGCCUCGAGAGUCUAGGAAGAGUUUGCACCUGUGGUGGGAAGGGUCCAAAACCCACACCCAGCGACCUAGAAAAGUAAAGUUGCGUCUCGGUCGUAGAGGCGACAGCUUCUCCGAUUCCUCGGCGAUGGCGGCGUCCGGGAGCGGUAUGGCCCAGAAAACCUGGGAAUUGGCCAACAACAUGCAGGAAGCCCAGAGUAUCGAUGAAAUCUACAAAUACGACAAAAAACAGCAGCAAGAAAUCCUGGCGGCGAAGCCCUGGACUAAGGAUCAUCAUUACUUUAAGUACUGCAAAAUCUCAGCAUUGGCUCUACUGAAAAUGGUGAUGCAUGCCAGAUCAGGAGGCAACUUGGAGGUGAUGGGCUUGAUGCUAGGAAAGGUGGACGGUGAAACCAUGAUCAUUAUGGACAGUUUUGCUUUGCCUGUAGAGGGCACUGAAACCCGAGUAAAUGCUCAAGCUGCUGCGUAUGAGUACAUGGCUGCAUACAUAGAAAACGCCAAACAGGUCGGCCGCCUUGAAAAUGCGAUUGGCUGGUAUCAUAGCCACCCAGGCUAUGGCUGCUGGCUUUCUGGAAUCGAUGUUAGUACUCAGAUGCUCAAUCAGCAGUUUCAGGAACCAUUUGUAGCAGUGGUAAUUGAUCCAACAAGAACGAUAUCUGCAGGAAAAGUGAAUCUUGGCGCCUUUAGAACAUACCCAAAGGGCUAUAAACCUCCUGAUGAAGGACCUUCUGAGUACCAGACUAUCCCACUUAACAAAAUAGAAGACUUCGGUGUACACUGCAAACAAUAUUAUGCCUUAGAAGUCUCAUAUUUCAAAUCCUCUUUGGAUCGCAAAUUGCUUGAGCUUCUGUGGAAUAAAUACUGGGUGAAUACGCUGAGUUCCUCUAGUUUGCUUACUAAUGCAGACUAUACCACUGGUCAGGUCUUUGAUUUGUCUGAAAAGUUAGAGCAGUCAGAAGCCCAGCUGGGACGAGGGAGUUUCAUGUUGGGUUUAGAAACACAUGACCGAAAAUCAGAGGACAAACUUGCCAAAGCCACAAGAGACAGCUGUAAAACUACCAUAGAAGCCAUCCAUGGAUUGAUGUCUCAGGUUAUUAAGGAUAAACUGUUUAAUCAAAUUAACAUCUCUUAAACAGUCACUGAAUAGUACUUUUGCCUGAAAGUUAGUAUGAGAAAAUACUAAAGUAACACUUUAAAACCAGUUACCAAAAAUCUGAUUAGAAGUAUAAGGUACUGUGAAGUAUCCUGUAAUAAAACACUUUAAAAUUAA